GGAAAGACGCGCUGCGGAGCUGCUGCGUGUCCCUCCCUCCUUCGCUCGCGAGUCAGGGAAGAGCAGCAGGAAGCCGCAUCGUUUCCACACUGUUCGCAUCCUUCAAAGAGCAGCAAAGGAAGGCGAAACGCAAGAAACUAAGUGACUGAACGAGACGAGUGUAAAACAAACUUAUUCGCAUAGUUCACGAGUCAGAAUCGUAAUGCGCGUCGCUAGUCGUGACUCGUGUUCGGGGUGUUUCCUCCUUGUGCCUGUGUGUGUGAAAUCCAGGCUCCUCUCGUCGCACGCUUGUCGCACACAGACAGUAGCUGGUUCAAACCUCACUCUUCGCGUUACGUGUAUCCGAACUGCCCUGCUAAAAAAAAAAAAGAAAAAAACCUAAAUAGCUUGAUGUCAGUGCUGCUGGACAACUGCAUGAGAGGCGCGACGGCGCGGAUGGAGCCUGCGGGACAACUGCUGUGUACCGUACUGGGGGUCAGUGAGUGUGGACAGUCGGAGUGGAUUGAGGUGGAGGGACAGCGCGCGACGCAGCGGAUCAGUGGACGUGUGACGACGAACACAGAUUAGCGGAGAGGGGCUCCUCAGCAGUAUGGCGGAAUCUGCCAAGGAGUACAGGAUCCAGUCGUUUGACAAGGAGACCCAGAGCCUGCUGAAGACGGCGCUCAAAGAGCCCAGCAAAGUGGACCUGAACAGGGUCUCCACCAUCAUAGUGGACCAGUCUCUGAAGGACCACAACUUCAGCAAAGAGGCAGGGCGCAUCUGCCACACCAUAGUGCAGGCCGAGGCUAGGGAGGCCGGCGCCAGCGUUUUCCGACACCAUCUGCUAAACCGACUGCAGCAGGAGUUCAAGGCCCGGGAGAAAACGCGUUGCCGCUCGGUACAGGAGUGGGUGCACUUUGUCACCUUCUUCUGCAACAUCUUUGACUGUUUGAAGGUGAACAACAUGCCAUUGAUGGCGCUCGUGCAUCCAGUGUAUGAUUGUCUCUUCCGGAUGGCAGAGCCUGAUUCCUUGCUUAACAAGGAGGAGGUGGACUGCCUGGUGUUGCAGUUGCAUCAUAUCGGUGCCCAGUUGGAGCGGAUGAGCACGCAGCGCAUGGACGAGCUCUUCUGCCUGCUGCGUGAUGGCUUCUUGUUGCAGGAGGAACUCAGCUCUGUAUCCAGGCUGAUGCUGCUGGAGCUCCUGGAGUUCCGUGCUGGAGGCUGGAGCCUCAGCGACACGGCGCACAAGUACUACUACAGUGAGGUGGGCGACUGAGCGCCUGUCCUGGAGGAUGCUGCUGAGGGUGUUCUUAACAUUUGAUUUAGUCUGCUUGUACUAGGGUUUCUUGUUAGAGGAGGCACAGAGUCCUCUGCUGGAAGGAAUGAACAGUGCAAGGCUAGCUGAGUGAUAGCUCUCCGAAUAAAAUGCUCUGCUCUCUGUAUAAUGUUAGAAAAGGGAAUUAAGAAACAACCACAAAGCUUCUAAUUUUCUUAGGAAGUUCCUCCUCAAGUUGAAUGGGAAAAAAUCUGUUCCUGUUCAUUUUACUACAGUAUUUGUGUGUUUUUGUUUACAAAAACAGAAGUUGCAAGAAGGACACUUUUUAUGCUAGUUUAAUGAAUUCAUGUUUGCAUGGGUUUCCUCCCAUAGUCCAGAGGUGUUUUUCAGGUGGAUUGGGAAUCUAAAAUGCCCUUAGUGUGUAUGUGGUUACCUUGUAAUGGACUAGCAUCCCACCCAGGGUGUACCCUUUUAGCCAUGUGUCCUGUGCAUGUCAGACACCUGCAACCCUGCCUUGGACAAACGGUUCACAAAAGUGAGUAUUCAAACAGCUUUUGUGUCAAAAUUUAGUUCAAACACAAGUUCAAUGUAAAGCACAUUAUUUCUGUGGGGUGUAAGAGAUGCAGUGAACUACCAUCUGUUGAUUAUUUGCUCCGUUAUAUAAUGAGCAUUUAGUAGAUACUUUACAUUUCCCGUUUUCUCUAAGGUACAAACUACAUUUGUUGUCGGUGUUCCAGUGAAAUCUAAAUGUAAACCUGAUAAGGUGACCACUUUAUCUGGUGAAAAUCUUCAUCUGGAUGCUGCUAAUCUCUGAGGUGUUUACUAUUGUCAUUCCACAGCAUCCAGUAUUUUCACUUCUUCUGAGGUUUAGUGAGAGCAUUUUGGCAUUUCUUGGAAACCAUUUUUCAGAUACAGGCCACUGUAAAAGUCAUAAGUAAAAAGACAGCUGACACAGUAGGAAGAUGCUUUCACUGUGUCCAGUGAAAAGAUUAACUUAAAUUUUAAUUCUAACUUCACUGUUCUGACAGUGUUACAGUGUAGGAUGCUAGUU